GUUCCACGCGGCGCGGAAAGUAGGGAUACACCGGUGUUCUCCGGGCAAUAAAAGGUCCAUACUUGGUGUAUGUCAGUGUCAGUGACGGGGGCGAGAGAGGAACGGCGCGGAGCGGAGUGUACCUCGCGCGCGUACGUCUAGACGCACUUACAACAAGCGACAUCGAAUCCGACACCGCAUCGGCUCGCGAGCCAUCGAAUCGCGAGCUACGCACCACGUUGGUGACACACCUCGUUCACGCACGGAUUUCGGAGUUUUCUUUUUUUUGUUUUUUUUAUUAUUCGGAGUGAGAAUCUCACGUCGGAAAAGAAGGAGAGGAGAGAACCUUCCCACUUGAUGCCGGCGCGCGAGCGAGAAGCAAGAAGCGCGCACGCAUGUAUAUAACGCGGGCGGGAAAGUUCCGGGGAUCAUACAGAAGAAACGAGUUUGUAAACGAGGCCGGUCACAGCGGAGCUUCAGUUUGCUUCGAGAGACGUCGGUGAACGCGAGAGCUAGAGUAGUAGUAAACAUACCGAGAAGUGGUUCACAUACCGAGUGCCAAUUGAUAAACACGCCGAUAAUAAACGUUCGAAUGCGAUAAGCGAAUCGUCUGUGUCUGGAAUUUUGAGAGACGUGACAUUUCAGCGUCAGUGAUUGAGGAAUCAAAGAGAUAUUCGGUUAUAAUUGUGCAAAAAAUUGGUAUUUCGCGACUUUCUUCAUUGGUUCUCGUCGCAAUUUGCUAUCGUCGCACACGCGCGUGUGAAAAAAUUAAUUACAAUCCUUGUACUCGGGUUGUGUAAACCGCGCGCAACCGGAAGCUCGUCGCAAUGACUAUUCACAAGAAGGGCACGAAGACGAGGAACAAGGAAAAGAACGAGGUGGCGACGACGUCGUCGUCGGACGUGUCGACCACAGAAACGGUCGAGGUCGUGUCUUCGACCAGCGUGGUCGAGGAGUCGAGUCAGGUCAUGAAGAGCGAAUCCAGAAGCAGCAUGAUGGAGGUGACGAGCGCGAGUCGCGAGGUCAUCAUGGAUUCAAAAGGUAAUGUGAUCAAAGUUAUCGAAACACCUCCGCAAACCUCAGUACAGCGAACCUCGGCCAGCCGUAAGACCGGGAAGAGUUCUCAGGACUUCAUUGCCGCAGAGCAGACCCAAUCGAUCAAGCAAGCGAAGAAGACGCACGAAACUCCGCGCGAGACUGCGAAGUCUCUCUCGGAGAAUCGUGUUCUUCAGGGAGGAACGAUCGAACAGUCCGUGCAAAGUCAGAACGCGUCAACCAGCUCGACGGUUCAAGAGUCGGUGUCCUCGAGCACCGUCGUCGAGAGUUCAUCGACGAGCCGAGAACAAUCGUCCACCACCGUUGACGACGUCACAAUCACCGGAGGAGAUCGCCCGGUUCCUCAUACGUCGUCAAGGUCGACCGAAAGCGUUCGCGUGAGCAGCGAGACGAGCGAGGCGAUAACGAAGGACGGCCAAACGACAUCGAACACGACGAGGAUUCGCGAGACGGGCGACAGGAUCGAGGAUAAUGGCAAAACGACGGCCACGUCGAGCCGGGAGGUCGACAACGAGCGCACGAUCACGCCGUCCAGCGUGACUUCUAUCAAAAUUGCCGACGACAUCAAAAGCGGAGAGAAAAGUGCGCGAGGCGAAUCAAGAUCGAAAGUUGAGUUGUCAACUCGCUGCAACAAGCCCGGCCAGUCCACGUGGGACGGCACGUUCGUCUACGAGAAACCCGUUAAAUUUCCCGAAAAUCGAAGCGACAAAACGGCGGGUUCGAAGAGCGACGUUUCGCGACAAGGUAGCGAAACGAGCGUUAAAGUCACUCAAAAGGCCUCCACUACCAGCAAAGAGACGAUCGAUCAAAUCGUGUCUUCGAGCGUGACUCGAGACACCAAGAUGACUGUCGACGAUGGUUACGUGACCACUCGUAUUCGCGACGCCACGUCUUCGGAGAAAGUCACGUCCUCUGAAGAUGCGACGGACUUCGCCGACGAGAAAUAUCCGAGAGGAUCGAUUCGUCAUUCAAAGCUCGGCGAUUCCGCGUGGGACGGCAGUUUCGUCUUGGAGAAAAGCGAACCGAGACCCCGGCGUAACGAUUCUGACGGCGUGUUCCGCCAACAAGACUCCGACAAUGUCGUGGAGACGACUCAGAGAAAGGACUUUAAGGAGAAGAGCACGGAUGGCACGUACGAGAGAGAAUCGUCCGAGACGACGCGCGUCGUGAAAGGCGCCACUGACAGCACCAGAUUUAUUUCGGAAGAACGACACGACGUAAGCAGAGAAAGCACGAUCCACGUCGACGGUACACCGAUCAAAGAACAUCCUGCCAGCCCGUCUCAUAAAAGAGUUGCCAGACCCGGCGAUUCCACGUGGAACGGCGAAUUCGUGUACGAAAAGCCGCGGGACGAUGCAAAGAAGCAACAUCCUUCGGACGUCACAGUCGUCCGACGAACGGAAAAGCGCCACGACUCCGUGGACAUCGAGGACGUCACCGAGGACGUCUCGAACGUCUCUGAGUCGAUGUCAGCCUCGUACAUCGUCGAGUACGCGAUCUCGAGCGACAAGAAGAACGUCGAGAAGGUCACGUCCGUGUCCGAGGUGAUCUUGGAAGAGGACGGUUCUGACGAGAGAAUUAGGCGCGGUACUUCGGAAAGUCCCGAGAAACAGUCUCCUCCUCGACGAGACGCGAGUUCGCGUUGUUACAAACCGGGUCAGUCCACCUGGGACGGGACUUUCGUCUACGAACAACCUAAAACGACACCCGACAGUCGACGAAAACCGGAGGACAGACGUAUGACAAGGGCUCUCGAUAUUCGGGACGUUACCGAGGAUAAGUCGAUGAACGAGGACGUCAUCACGAGCACUUCCUACGUUGUUGAACACUCGUCAAGUCAGCAGAGCUUCUCGGACAUCAAAGACGCGAGUCUGACGUCCACGAUUUACGAGACGGUCGUUCACGAGGGUCGUCCGAUCGAGACGACGAUUAGAUUCGAUAAAGACACGUCGCGAGGCCGAGUCUCGACAACCGAACGUCAAACCAGUCCGUCGUCGCCACGUCCGGUUAGUCCCGAAAAAACGCCCAGAAAUUUUCGAAGCACCAAACCCGGCUCGUCGACGUGGGACGGAACCUUCGUGGCUGAGAAACCGCAGGAGAAGAAACGACCGCCCAGCAGAGAGUCCGUCGAUGGCAGACUGCCGGAUAAAUCUCGUCCGGUUGACGAAAGCGGAAAAAUAUCCGCGGACACGUCGAAGAAGCGGCACGAGAUCGCCGAUCUGCGAAAUGUCACGCGAGACAGCAGCUCCGAGAUCACGGAGAGUUCCGUGGUUGUCGAACAAUCGAUGACGCAUGAAAGUUACAAGGAUUCCGACAAUCUCGAUUAUUCGACGACCUCCGUCGAAACCGUCGUUAUUCGCGACGGCCAGCCGAUAACGACGCAAAAAACGAUAACCAUUGACGAAGGCAGCCCCGUGAAGAGACCGUCUGAUGUAAUUACCGUUUCCAAGAGCGCCAUUAAAAGUCCCGAGAGAAAGGAGCCUCGGGGAAGCGACAAGAGCUACCGAUCUACGAAACCGGGCUCGUCUACGUGGGACGGAACGUUCGUGUACGAAAAACCGAGAGAGCAAAAACCAGUAGAUAAAAAGACACCAAAAGAUACGUCUAUAUACGACAAACCGAGUACACUCAAAGCAAAACCGAGUGACGUUACCGAUCGCAAAACAGUUGUGAUAUCGGAAACGUCGAAGGACGUGACGAGCACAGCCGAUUAUUCCACGAGUUCGGUGACGGUCGAGCAAACGUUCGUCGUCGAUUCGAAGACACACGACUCGUUAAAUCUAACGAAAACCAUCGAAGAGAGCAAAGAGGAUAAGAUACGCACGAUCGACUACGAGCGACCGUCUCUUCAACAGCGUCCGGAAGAUGCUGGACAGCCCAGAGACGAGAGACCGCAAAAAAGUCCGAUUGACAGAAGUUAUCGGCCAACGAAACCGGGCGCUUCCACCUGGGACGGAUCGUUCGUGUACGAAAAACCGGUGGAGAAAAAACCGGGUGAUAAAAAAUCACCUUCGAAAGAUACAACCGUGGACAAACCGAGUCCACUGAAAGAAAAGCCGAGUGACGUCACCGACCACAAAACAGUCGUAAUAUCAGAAACGUCGAAGGACGUGACGAGUACCGCCGAUUAUUCCACGAGUUCGGUGACGGUCGAGCAAACGUUCGUCACCGAGUCGAAGACACACGACUCGUUAAAUCUAACGAAAGCCAUCGAAGAGAGCAAAGAGGAUAAGAUAAGCUCGAUCGAAUACGAGCGGCCGAAACCGUCUCCUCGACAGCGUCCGGAAGACGCUGGACAGCCCAGAGACGAGAGACCGCAGAAAAGUCCGAUUGACAGAAGUUAUCGGCCAACGAAACCGGGCGCUUCCACCUGGGACGGAUCGUUCGUGUACGAAAAACCGGUGGAGAAAAAACCGGGCGAUAAAAAGACACCUUCGAAAGAUACAACUGUGGACAAACCGAGUCCACUGAAAGAAAAACCGAGUGACGUCACCGAUCGCAAAACAGUUGUGAUAUCAGAAACGUCGAAGGACGUGACGAACACUGCCGAUUUUUCCACGAGUUCCGUGACGGUCGAGCAAACGUUCGUCACCGAUACGAAAACAUACGAUUUGUCGAACAUAUCCGAAACUUUCAUCGACGAGAGCACGGGAGAUAAAGUGCGCGCGAUCGAGAAGCCGAGACAGCCCUCAGACGAAAAGCCAAAACCGUCUCCUCGACAGGAGAUCGACUCUAGGAAACCUAAAGACGAGAGACCGCAAAAAAGUCCGGUUGACAGAACGCACCGGCCAUCGAAACCGGGCGCCUCCACUUGGGACGGAUCCUUCGUUUACGAGAAACCGCAGGAUUUGCGAAAAAAACCAACGGAACCAAUUGAGAAAUCGAAGGAGAAACCGACGACGGAUAAAAAAACGACGCAGGACGACGUCACGAAGGUUCGUUACGUCGAGGAUGUCGCGGAUAUCACGCACGAGGAUAUCACGCGUACAUCUGAAGUGGUGCAACAAUCCUCUUACGUAAUCGAUCAAUCUUCGAGUUUCACUUCUGUGCGAGACGUACGCGAUAUUACGGACGAGCGUGUCAUCACUGAAUUUACUACGGACACUCACAAGGAUGUGAGAGAUGUCACCGAGUCAACGAAGGAGUUUAUCGACAAAGAGCAGGUGACUAGCAUGGUAGCGCGGGAUGUCGUCGACGACACCCGAUUUGAUACCGCACUCCGGUUUCCAGCGGAUUCCACGAGAAAACCGUCGCCGGAACGGCCCGGUUAUCCUCGCGGAAUACUCGGACUCCGAGAGGACGAUCGACCAAAACCGAUUCCCGCCGCUGGGAAACCCAGUCGACCUCCGCAACGCGAGAGAAGUCCCCAGCGGCCGGUGGAACAUGGCAGACCUUCCGAGGUUCGGCCGAAGUCGCCUGAGAAGCUUCGGGAUUACACAUCGCCGACUCGAAAGCCGCAGCCAGCGGCCGGCAAGCCGAGUCGUCCCGAGGUACCCGUAGCACCUAGAAAACAUGAAGAACAGCCCACGAAACCAGCUGCUGGCAAACCUAGUCGGCCCACGGAGAAGCCCGAAAAAUCGAAGGGUCCGGAUGUCAAGCCGAAACGGGGAGAUCAGUCGCCAGAUUCUCUCGACGAAGAUGCCGUCCAUCCCGAACCGAUUCCCGACAUACUAUCGAAAAUUCCCCUGAAGGAGCAAUGUAUCUGCGAACUUUGCACCUGCGGACGUCAUCGAUGUCCGCACAAUUUGCCUCAAGAACACCUGGAGUUUCCUGAAGAACCGGUGCACAUCGUUACGUCUUAUCGUCAGGAUUUCGACGAGAAACGUGUAGAGAAGCAACAGAAAUACUAUCAUGAAGAUCAUUUACACACGGAGGGCGAAUUUAUCGGGACGAGGCGAAGCGAUUACGUAGCUACUAAGGGCGAAAGAGCACCGGUGAAAAAACCGCAGGACUCGUUAAAACCGGAAGGCGAGUGGAUCGGCAGACCACGCGAGGAAGCUCCAAAACAUGGCGAGAGAGCGCCAGUUACGAUACCACAAGAUAACUUAAAACUUGCAGGAAGUUUCGACACUACAACAACGACCGAGCUAGUUUUCACGGGCACCCCCGGCGAACGACCAACCCCAAUACGCCGCAAUACUUAUACGAAAAUAGAGGGCGAUUUUAUUGAUGAAACGACAACACGAUCUCAGUACAUCGAUCAUCGAAGUAUUCAACGCGCUGAGAUUGUUAAGCGAACGGAUAAUCUAACUGUGGGAGAGGGUGAAUUCACGGGUACUUCUCAUAUGAAGGAGGAUUUUCAAACUUAUGUUGUCGAGCGCGGACCUCAACGGCGACCGAUGUAUCCCGAAGAUGCUGAUCGAUUUUAUAGCACAACAGAUAUUACUGAUAACACCACAACUACUCAAGACCAAUAUCGAACCUAUAUUGAAAAAAUGCUUAUUGGUCCUGAAGAGAAACGUACGCCAAUUAAACCUGGUCCUACUUUAAAAUUGGAAGGUGAAUUCGAAAGACCAAGACCUGAGGAAUUCAAGCCUGCAGAAAGGCGCACUCCACUUAAACAUCCCGAUAAUCUUCGUCCAGAAGGAGAGUUCGUUGGUAGACCGAAGGAAGAGAGAGACGUACCGUUGAAAGGCGACCGAGCAGAUGUAAAGAAACCAACGGAUAAUCUUCGUCUGGAAGGAGACUUUGUACGACCCGAACGUGUGGAAGGUUAUCGACCAGCUGAGAGACCAGAGGUCAAGAAACCGGAAGACAAUCUACGUCCAGAAGGAGAAUUUGUUGGUAGACCGAAGGAAGACGUGCCGUUAAAGGGCUAUCGAGCGGAUGUGAAAAAACCAAAGGAUAAUCUUCGUCCGGAAGGAGACUUUGUACGACCCGAACGUAUAGAAAGUUAUCGACCAGCUGAGAGACCAGAGGUCAAGAGACCGGUAGACAACCUUCGUCCAGAAGGUGAUUUUGAAAGACCAAAACCUGAAGAAUUUAAACCUGCAGAGAGACGUACACCUCUUAAACAUUACGAUAAUCUUCGUCCAGAAGGAGAAUUCAUUGGUAGACCGAAGGAAGACGUGCCGUUAAAGGGCGAUCGAGCGGAUGUGAAAAAACCAAAAGAUAAUCUUCGUCCGGAAGGAGACUUUGUACGACCCGAACGUGUGGAAGGUUAUCGACCAGCUGAGAGACCAGAGAUCAAGAAACCGGUAGAUAACCUUCGUCCCGAAGGUGAAUUCGAACGACCAAAACCUGAAGACUUUAAACCUGCAGAAAGGCGUACACCUCUUAAACAUUACGACAAUCUUCGUCCAGAAGGAGAAUUCGUUGAUAGACCGAAGGAAGACGUGCCGUUAAAGGGCGAUCGAGCGGAUGUGAAAAGACCAAAAGAUAAUCUUCGUCCGGAAGGAGACUUUGUACGACCCGAACGUGUGGAAGAUUAUCGACCAGCUGAGAGACCAGAGGUCAAAAGACCAGUAGACAACCUUCGUCCAGAAGGUGAUUUUGAAAGACCAAAACCUGAAGAAUUUAAACCUGCAGAGAGGCGUACACCUCUUAAACAUUAUGACAAUCUUCGUCCAGAAGGAGAAUUUGUUGGUAGACCGAAGAAAGACGUGCCGUUAAAAGGUGAUCGAGCGGAUGUGAAGAAACCACAAGAUAAUCUUCGUCCGGAAGGAGACUUCGUACGACCCGAACGUGAAGGUUAUCAACCAGCUGAAAGACCAGAGGUCAAGAAACCGGAAGACAACCUUCGUCCAGAAGGUGAUUUUGAAAGACCAAAACCUGAAGAAUUUAAACCCGCAGAGAGGCGUACUCCAAUAAAACAUACCGAUAACCUUUAUCCAGAAGGAGAGUUUAUUGGUAAACCAAAGGAAGAUGUUCCAUUAAAGGGCGAUCGAGCUGAUGUAAAGAAACCAAAGGAUAAUCUUCGUUUUGAAGGAGACUUCGUACGACCCGAACGUGAAGGUUACCGACCAGCUGAAAGACCAGAUGUCAAGAGACCGGAAGACAACCUUCGUCCAGAAGGUGAUUUUGAAAGACCAAAACCUGAAGAAUUUAAACCUGCAGAGAGGCGUACUCCAAUCAAACAUACCGAUAACCUUUAUCCAGAAGGAGAGUUUAUUGGUAAACCAAAAGAAGAUGUACCGUCAAGGGGCGAUCGAGCGGAUGUAAAGAAACCAACAGACAAUUUACGACCCGAAGGUGAUUUUGAGAGACCAAGACCUAAAGAAUUCAAACCUGCAGAGAGGCGUACUCCAAUCAAACAUGCCGAUAAUCUUUAUCCAGAAGGAGAGUUUAUUGGAAAACCAAAGGAAGACGUGCCGUUAAAGGGCGAUCGAGCUGAUAUGAAAAAACCGAAAGAUAACCUUCGCUCUGAAGGAGAUUUUGUACAACCUGAACGUGAAGGUUAUCGACCAGCAGAGAGACCAGAAGUAAAAAAACCAUUAGACAAUUUACGACCCGAAGGUGAUUUUGAGAGACCGAGACCUGAAGAAUUCAAACCUGCAGAGAGGCGUACUCCAAUCAAACAUACUGAUAAUCUUUAUCCAGAAGGAGAGUUUAUUGGAAAACCAAAGGAAGACGUUCCAUUAAAAGGCGAUCGAGCUGAUGUAAGGAAACCAAAGGAUAACCUUCGUCCUGAAGGAGAAUUCGCGAAACGUACACCUUCGAAGAAAAUAGAACCGGCCGAGCGAAGAACUCCGAUCAAACACGAAGACAAUUUGCAACCUGAGGGCGACUUCUACAUAGUUCCCAAGGACGAUUUUAGUCCAAAACGAGGAGAGCGCUCACCAGUGAAGAAACCUCAGGAUAAUCUUCGUCCCGAGGGUAAAAUGGAAAUAUCUCCGAAAGACGAUUACAAACAUGUAAAUGGGGAACGUGUAGUUGUGCGUCGACACGAAGAUAACUUGCGGAUGGAGGGACAAUUGGAUAUUCAUCGCUCGAGAGAUGAUUAUAAAAAAAUCACAAAAGUAGAGAAAGUUGACAUUAAGAGGUACGAAGAUAAUAUCAAAAUGGAAGGUGAAUUCGAGCGACCAAAACCUGAGGAAUUCCAACCUGCAGAAAAGCGCUCUCCAAUUAAACAUCCAGAUAGUUUGAAAAUGGAAGGAGAAUUUCAACGUCCCGAACACGAAGGUUAUCGACCAGCAGAGAGACCACAAGUCAAGAAGCCAACAGACAAUCUUCGUCCCGAAGGUGAUUUUGAACGUCCAGAAAAAUCACGCACGCCAGUUGGUCCCGCUGAACGACGAUCGCCCAUCAAGCAUCCUGAUAAUCUUUAUACAGAAGGAGAUUUCGUUGGUAGACCGAAAAAGGACGCGCCGGUAAAAGGCGAGCGAGCGGAUGUGAAAAAACCGAAGGACACCCUUCGUCCUGAAGGAGAAUUCGCGAAACGUACACCUCCGAAGAAAGUUCAACCGGCCGAGCGAAGAACUCCGAUCAAACACGAGGACAAUUUGCAACCUGAGGGCGACUUGUACAUAGUUCCCAAGGAUGAUUUUACUCCAAAACGAGGAGAACGUUCACCAAUAAAGAAACCUCAGGAUAAUCUUCGUCCCGAGGGUGAAAUGGAAAUUUCUCCAAAAGACGAUUACAAACAUGUAAAUGGAGAACGUGUAGUUGUGCGUCGACACGAGGAUAACCUGCGUAUGGAGGGAAAGAUGGAUAUUCACCGUUCGAGAGAUGAUUAUAAGAAAAUAACUAGAGUAGAGAAAGUUGACAUCAAGAAACACGAGGACACUCUCAAGAUGGAAGGUGAAUUCAUCGACGUACGUCGCAAAGAUGAUUAUGUACACGUAGUUGGUGAGCGUUUGCCAGUUAUAAAACAUCCGGAUCAUUUGCAAUCAGAAGGAGACUUUUACAUACCUCAGAAGACUGUGGUUGGUCCUGCGGAAAAGAGAACACCGAUCAAACAUCCCGACAACCUGAAACCAGAAGGCGAAUUUGUGCAACGACCGAAAGAAUCCGCGCCUACUAAAGGUGACCGAGCCGUCGUUCGAAAGCCUAAGGACAACAUCAAACUUGAAGGUGAAUUCGACCUCGAAAGACCAGUAAAAUCGCCUAUCGGUCCCGCUGAACGACGAUCACCGAUCAAGCAUCCUGACAAUCUCCAUCUAGAAGGGGAGUUUGUUGGUAGACCGAAAAAAGACGCGCCGGUAAAAGGCGAGCGAGCGGACGUGAAAAAACCGAAGGACACCCUUCGUCCUGAAGGAGAAUUCGCGAAACGCACGUUACACACACCGAAGAAGGUAGAACCGGCCGAACGAAGAACUCCGAUCAAACACGAGGACAAUUUGCAACCUGAAGGUGACUUCUACAUAGUUCCUAAAGAUGACUUCACUCCGAAGCGAGGAGAUCGCGUACCGGUGAAGAAACCGCAAGAUAAUCUUCGUCCUGAAGGUGAAAUGGAAGUUUCUCCGAAAGACGAUUACAAAUACGUGAAUGGCGAACGUGUAGCGGUGCGUCGACACGAGGACAACCUGCGUAUGGAGGGACAGAUGGAUAUUCACCGUUCGAGAGAUGAUUAUAAGAAGAUAACUAGAAUGGAGAAAGUUGACAUCAAGAAACACGAGGACAGUCUUAAGAUGGAAGGUGAAUUUAUUGACGUGCGUCGCAAAGACGAUUACACGCACGUAGCACGUGGCGAACGUAUGCCGAUUAAAAAACAUCCGGACCAUUUACGACCAGAAGGAGAUUUUUACAGACCUCAGAAGACCGUGGUUGGUCCUGCGGAAAAAAGAACGCCAAUCAAACAUCCUGAUCACUUGAAACCGGAAGGCGACUUCGUCGGACGUCCGCGCGAUGAUUUCACUCCCAAGAGAGUAACAAGAGCCGAAGUCGUAAGGAGAGAAGAUAACUUGAAGAUGACAGGUGAUUUCGAAGGCACGACGUCUCAUAAAUCGACUUAUACGGUAGUACGUGGCGAACGUGCGGAUAUCAAGUCGCACGAGGACAAUUUGAAACUCAGCAGUGCUACCAUGGAAACGAAAACUACCAACAGAGAUACAUACACACCCUCUAAGCAGGAACUGUCGCUCGCAGGCAAAACAGUGAAUCGUCGCAAGCACAUGGAAUCGUCUUUCACGCUCGGUGAUGACACCACCGUGAUGACCACGACGAAUCAGCGUAACUACAACACUUACACAAGGCGUACAGGAAAAGACGUUGCCGCAAAGAUGAGCCAGAUGGAAUCCGACAGCAGAAAGACCGUGGAAUCGCAAACAGACGGAUCUGUCGUUACGACGGUGAGACGUACGACAACUUCCGCGACUCAGUCCGAUCAGAAAGUCGCUAACGCUCAAACUCAUCAACAAACACAGUUUGUUGUCGAUCGUCGCGUCACCCAACCGAUCGACGGUCCUUCGUCCGGGCUGCAACCUGUGGAUUCACAAAAGUUAACUUCUGUGAUAUCCAAUCAGCAUCACGAACAACAUAAGAGAACGCACUCGAGCGAGCAACAUUUGCGAUCACAGAAUGUGAUGCAGACUCGUAGAAGCGUCGAAGACAGAUCGAUCACAGAAGGUUUACAUCAUCGAGGACAGAUCGUGCGAGGAGAGGAGACGUCUCGUCAAGUGGUCGAAUCUGACGAGCACAGACAGCACAAGCAGCAACAUACCGAACGUCAUCAUCAAGAAGUCAGCAAGCGCGAUUACGUGAACACACAACACAUGGAAAGUCGGCAGAGAUCAGCCACGAAGCAACACGAGCAGCACACGAUCUCCAGCCAGGCACGAUAUCAUUCGACCAGUCCGGAAUUCCGGCAAAUGAUCAACGGACAAACGUCCACAGAAAGCUCGCAAGUGGACUCGGUCGCGAAUAAAAGUCACCAUCGCAAGAACGUGAUAUCCUCGUCGUCGGCGGACAUCAGCAACGCGGUGCUACAUCGACGUGGCGCGACUACAUCCACCGAGGCGCUUCACACGAUCUCGUCGACGGCGGCUGAUCAGCGCAAGAGCAUCUCGAAUCUAGCCGAGAGCGGUCAGUACAUCAGCAACUCAAGCCAGAGCAGCGACAGGCGUAGCCUGACGUCUCUGCAUCGCAGCUCGAGGGAUGUGAAUCCUUGGGCCUCGUCCAGUUACGAGCGUCCGCAGCGAAUCGUACGACAGGACAAUCUGACCGUAGGUGGCAAGUUUUACUCGCAGAGCGAGGCGAAGAGCUACGGUAACUUUUCUCAGAGCACGCAAAAGGUGGAGAGAGUCCAUAGACAGACGAAUGUGUCUCACAUCGAUUUGAGCGACGGCAGCACCGUUACAUCCAGCAUGUACAAGAAGGAAUACGUUCCCAGGCACAGAGGACCGUGUCCGGCCGCUCUUCUGGAAGCCAAGCAGGCGCCCUUCAAACACACCAGAGACACGCGCAAACACAAGUUUUACAUGCCCGUUUUAACCAGUUAAAACCCACUUGUUCGAGCUGAACAUUAAAUUUUUCUCGAAAUCACAUGACAUUCUGUAACAGCGAAACAUUUUUUUUGUCUAUACAAAAACAUACAACCUAGAAACAAUUAUUUCUGCAUAAAAUAUAGA